AUGAUUGAAGAACUUUUAAGGGCUAUUAGUCCUAGUUUAAGUGAAAUCAGAUUUCAACAGUCUAGACAGUAUAUUCAGGCUAAAACAGGGUUUCAGUUAGUAGAACAGCUUAGUUGUGAUUUUGACAAGAAAAUCAGUUUAGAAAUUAAAAGGAAUGUAAUAACCAGAAAUCAGUUUGAAGAGUUUACGAAAAAAUCUCUUGACCAAACUACCCAGAUUUUAGAAAAAAUUAGUAGAUCUAAGCCUCUUAAGCAAUUAGAAAAUCUAGAUUACUUUAAAGAUUUACAUUCAGAAAUACUUAAAAGAAUAAAUAAAUUAGAAGAAAAACAGUUAGUUCUAUCAGACAAAUUGCCUUGCAAGCAAGAUAUAAUAAAUUUAACUAGUAAAUUAGAUACUACCCAGCCAAAAGAUAUUGAAACAGAGAUUAGAAAUUUAGUUAAAGAUCUCAGAGUUGAAGUCGACAGAAUAAAACAGAGCUCAGUUGAAAUCAGGAGAGAGAUUGACGAGAAACUCCAGAAGAUGGAGAUUCUUUUGGAAGAAGUAAAGAAUUUCAAACCAACGGGAAAAACAGACGAGGUUGUCAUUAAGCAAAAUAAUACUAUCAUAGAACUUCUAAUUAGUCUUAGCCAUAGAUUAGCAGACGCAUCAGAAAAGAUAGACCAGUUAUCUACUAGAGUAGAUAAGCUUCAAGAAGAAAACGCUUUAGAGACUUUAACCUCUAAAAUAAACCAGGUUAGUAUCUCGUCCUCAACUGGACACUUAGAACCCAGAAAAUCCAGUAAAUCUCUACAGAACAAUACCUUUUAUUAUAAUAUAUUUGGCAUCCCAGAUCCAAACAAAGGAAAGAAACUAGAAAUUCCUCAAUCCUCAGGAACUCAGUAA